UUCGCAGCAGCAUUCGGCCCAGGUAUGGGAAUCCCAUAAAGCUGAAAUACGGCGACUGUAUUUAGAAGAGAACAGGCCACUGAAGGAAGUCAUGGCGAUAAUGCGUCAAAAGGGGUUUCGGGCAACGUGAGUCGUCAAGUUUUAGUUUCCAUCACCUCUUGUAUACCCCGUUGGUUAACGAUGGCUUGGCAGUGUCAGAAUGUACAAAUCGCGCUUCGACAAGUGGGGUUUUAGUAAAAAUAACAGCAAGAAGGACGUUAUCGCGAUGUUACAGGUCCAACGUCAACGAAAUGCUGUCGGCAAACGCACAGCCUUUCAUCGCAACGGAAAGGAGGUGGCUAUCGAUGCUUACCUCAAGAGGAAAGGCAUCUCGCAAUACGAUCUCGUAGAACCCGGUCUGGCCGAGAACCUCCCCGAGAACUUGCGCUGCCUUACACCACCUCCCGAAAGCCCCAAGGCCUUACAUGCCCCAGGUAAUCUAUCGCUUCAGGAACUCGUCUUGCAAUGCGCGAGAGAUUUGGCCUGGAAUUGGUACUGCCCGCCUGAUACUCCAUUAGUUGCUUGCGCAGCCCAUUACCGUGGAGACGAGUUACGCUGUGCCAUCACAGAUAUUACCAAUGCGGACUGGCUAUUCUCUGUUGGGCAGUAUGAACGGGGUGGCGCAAUGUGCGAGCAAGGUUUCAAGUCUUUGCACUUAGUUUUUAAAAAGCCAUCGAUAUAUGGAUUGCUGCAUUUGUUAAUCACUGUGCUUGAUGCCUCGAAUAAAGGGGUUGUCAAGGAAAUUUGGCGAUACCUUUCUGCAUACGCGUCUGCCGUUCGACUCGAUGGGCCUAUGGUGCGACUCUUUCAGGGAAUGUGGAAAUAUCUUAGCACUCAUGAGUAUGAGGAAUUCUGGGACUUUAUUUUCGAGUGUACCGAAAAGCUCCUUCUAGUCGAAGAACAUCAUUCUGGCCUCCCGGCGGAUACGCUACCAAGGCUUUAUCCUAUAUUGUUCAUCCCACGAGCUUACCAAUACCAGUCCCAACCCUAUCGCCGGCUUCAGAGCCGCUGCGACUUUCAACGGCUAGUCCAAGGGCCCAUGCCAACGGCGAUAGAGGAAUUGACCGUUUUUCAGGCAACCGAACUACUCAUUCUAGGAAACCAGACGUUGUGGCAAGGCGAUCGCGUUUUCGAGCUUGCUAACACUGUCCUUGAGAACACGAAGGGCAUUGCAUAUAACACCGAAUUUUUCGUAUACAUCGCACUAACUUCGCUAGCCCACUACCACAGAAAUCAGUUUUUACUGAAGAAGGAUCCAAUUUCUAAGGAAUCAAACCACCAACUAUCGGUACACUACCUUGAACAGAUUGCCUCGGUGAUGGAGGGUCAAUGGGAUCCCGACAUGGGAUACCUUCUCGGCGAAUUGGAGCGAUUGGAGCAUUGGUAUAGGGAAGCAGGCGACAUUGCUCAAGCAGACGUCGCGCACAUCAGAUGGCAGAAAGCUUUGGAAUCGAUACCCAAGGAUUUCGUUAGAGGGCAAAAAGGCAUAUUGCAUUAGUUCCUGGAACACCAGGGGACAAUACACCACCACUAAGUCGCGACAUCUAGGAGCCUAUCAUGGAGAUGGGUGGCUGUGUAUAUGUAUAGACAUAUUCGUUCUUAUAGGGAUUUGCUUUUGGGUAGCGCCGGUGUUACGGAUAGGUAACAAACUGCAUGGCGCUGCGAGUCUCGAUUUGCUCCUAUUAGGGAUAAGACAAAUCUUGAGCCUGGUUAGAAUCGUCUGCUUGCUAGCAGUCUGUAUAUAUCUACAGAAUACAGAAUACAGAAUAAAAAAACAUUGCACAUA